GUUAUCGUAGUAGCGCAGCGAUGUUUUGCAUUUGCAAAGUCAAAAACAGCUGUUUGUGCGCCCUUGACGGAGGUGCUUGUGUGACAAUGACUUAGGUUAUGUUAUUAAUUUGCAAAAUAUAAUUAGAUUACUAAUGGAUUUAUAAUAAAGACUAUCAGUGCCAGUGAAAAUAAGUGUUCUUAUAAAUUAGUUCUGUGCGUAUACAAUCAUGGUCAUUCAUCCACCAUUUAUUUAUUAAGUUAGCUAUAUUUCGCGUCUUAAGCCAUUCGAUCUUAUUUAUAUGAACUACUUAUAAAACUCAGUGUGUGCUAGUCAACAUAUAGUGACUGAUGUGUUUAAAAAGAAGAAAAGUACUUAUUCUUGAAUAAACCAAGCCAAAAUGAGGAACGGCAAGCGUUCUAGCAAAGAUGAAGAAAAAGAGGAAUUGAAUCCCGACAAAAAUGGAUGGGCACGAGUUCGUCCAAGCCAGCAGUUCAACGUCGUACGGCGCGUGUACCAGCAGGACGCGUUGAACGAAGACGCGGACUACCACGAGCCUGUUCGACCAUGGAAAUACCACGUGAGGAAAUGCGUCCGCGACUGCGGCAUUGCAAAAUGCAUCUCCGGCGUACUUCCGAUCAUAGAUUGGCUCCCGAAGUACAAGCUCAAGGAGUACGCGCUUGGAGACUUGACUGCUGGAGCCACAACUGCCGUCAUGCAUAUUCCUCAGGGGAUGGCGUACGCGAUGCUAGCCGAAGUAGCCCCAGUCUCGGGUCUAUACAUGGCAUUCUUCCCAGUUCUGAUUUACGUCCUAUUCGGGACUUCUCCGCACAUCUCGCUGGGGACCUUCGCUGUCGCAUGUCUUAUGUCUGGGAAGGUUGUGAACACGCACGCCAGGAUGCCGGAAAUAGAUAACAUUAGUAAUAUUACAAAUGUAACGAAUGUUGUGACAGAUUCAGGGAACGGAUCUAUGGAGUACACUCCAGAGCAAGUUCUCAGCGUAUUAUGUAUAACUGUCGGUAUUAUGCAGACUUGUAUGUGGAUAUUUCGACUCGGAGCUGUAUCCACGCUGCUCUCUGAGCCGCUGGUGUCAGGGUUCACGACCGGCGCAGCGUUCAUCGUAAUCGCCUCGCAGCUGAAGGACCUGUUCGGUAUCAGGAUACCCAAGUUGUCGGGGAACCAUAAAGUUGUGCUUACAGUGAUUGAAGUAUCGAAAGCGCUGCCAAACACCAACGUGGCGGCCGUCACCAUGUCCUUCGUCGUGUGUCUCGUCAUAGCAUUGAACAACGAGCUGCUCAAGCCAUGGGUGGCCAAGCGCUGCCGGGUGCCGGUGCCCAUCGAGCUGCUGGCUAUAGUCAUAGGCACGCUCGUCACCAAAUUCGGCGGGUUGAAGGAUAAUUUCGGGAUAUCACUCGUUGGAAAGAUACCUACUGGGUUACCCACACCGUUCGUCCCGCCGUUGGAACUCAUGCCAUCAGUGGCGGUGGACUCCAUCACCAUAACCAUGGUCACCUACACCAUAUCAAUGUCCAUGGCGCUUAUAUUCGCGGCCAGGGAUAAGUACGAGGUGGAUUCCAAUCAAGAGCUAUUGGCUUUGGGUGCCAGCAACAUAACGGGCUCGUUCUUCUGCUGCGCACCGAUCUGCGCAAGUCUGUCGAGAUCUUACAUACAAUAUCAGGCGGGCGCCAAAACCAAUUUGACACAAGUAGUGAGCGCGUUGUUGAUAUUGUGCGUCCUGCUCUUCUUAGGGCCGUUCUUUGAGGACCUGCCCCGCUGCGUGCUCGCCUCCAUCAUUGUGGUAUCUCUCAAGGGAAUGUUAUUGCAAGUUUUGGAUCUUAAAAGGUUCUGCUAUCUGAGUAAAUUGGACGCAGCCGUCUGGCUUAUCACCUUCCUCAUCACUACUCUCGUCAACAUCGAUUAUGGGUUAAUAGCAGGUCUAUUAGCAAGUGUAGGUGCGCUGUUCAUCCGAUCGCAGAAACCUUAUACCUGCCUGUUGGGACGAGUGCUGGAGACAGACCUGUACCUGGAUAUCAAGCGGUACCGAGCCGCCGAGGAACUCCCCGGAAUAAAGAUAUUCCAUUACUGCGGCGGCCUCAACUUCGCCACCAAGAACCUCUUCAGGGAAACCAUCUUCCGCAAGGUCGGCUAUAUGAAGCCCAUCGAAAUCAUACCCGAGGACCAGUACAGCAACGAUGGGACCUUGACCAAAAGCGAGAGCUAUGUGUGGGACCCCACUAUUGGGAAGAAGGUCCAUUGCGUCAUAAUCGACGCGUCUGCGCUCUCAUACGUGGACGCUCCGGGAGUGAAGACGCUCGUGGUCGUGUCCAAGGAGUUGGAAGCCAGCAACAUUAUGGUGCUCCUGGCGGGAGCCAAUGGACCAAUGCUGGAGAUGAUCCACCGCUACAACCACCUGGAGACCAGCAACCAGCUGCGCGUGGCCACGUUCCCCACCGUGCACGACGCCGCGGUCUACUACAGGGUGCUGGCGGCCAAGCGCGGCGCCGCGGUCACCAUCAACGCGUGACCUCAACAGGUACACAGGUGACCUCAGAACAGGUAGUGUUAAGGGAUCCACUGAUUACCAGUUCGGAUAUCGGUCUGACAAUUAUUCACUCCCGUACACAAGUAGAGUUUAUAAAAGACCCAAUCCUCCUCAAAAGUUUCCUGUCCUAGUCCUAUAUUCUGUACCUUUAGGUAUUUAAAUAAAAGUAAACAAACAUUUUUGGGUAGUUAUAACAUAUUUAUUUUUUAUUUUAUAGGUAUUCAGGAUAACAACAGCCGUAAAUAUAACUAAACAUAUAAAUGCUUACAUAAAAGAAGGCCAAUGACAGUCAUCCAUUAAAUUGCAAUAUGUAACAAAGUAAAAUAACAAAAAAAAUUAAAAACGACGAAAAUGUACUAUACACACAAAUGCUCGAAUUUAUUGGUUAACCAACCAAAUAUAAAACCGCCUGGAUCUUUCACAGAACGACCUGACUUUAACGUACAUUAUUUGAUCAUGUAAUGUUUUCAUCUACCCUCAUCUGGCUUAACGAGCCAUUUGUGGGUAGAUUUUGUUUACUUUUAUUUAAAUACCUAAAGAUACAGAGAAUAGACAAGGUCUGGCAGGUCUCAAAUUUUGUGUCAAUAAACUUUUUUCUUCGAAGUGCCUCAAUAUAUGUAAGCUACAUGCGUUAUUGAGAGCGCCAGAAACGUAAAUAAACUGACGAAUACAUGAAUAAUUCAAAUCUCGAAUUUCGAGUAAAUUAUAUCCGGGUAAAAUGUAAUUAAAAUGUAUUUUUUUUGAGAUUCUCAUAAAUAAAAAAUUAGAAAUUGAUAUAUUUUUAUACCAGGACUAAUAUUUGGGUACUUGUUAGAAAAUACAAGAGCUGUCCUAGAAUCAUGUUUUAAUUGUUAUGCAAAAAUAAGCAAUAGAAUUCAUGUACAAUAAAAUAAUAUAAGAAAAUUAAUUUGAUUUUGUUAAUAUAGUUCGUGUCAUCCACGAUGACGCGCAGAUUUGUCAAAUCUAACCUUUAAUAACACGACAAUACGAGUCAAGCCACGCGUCUUCGUGAAUGACACGAUCUAUUCUUUCUUGACAGUUCUCAAAUACAAGUAGGAUUGACAAUAUAUGGUUCCAAAUAAACUAGACAGGGUUAUUUAUGAGACGUGAGCAGGACUAACAAGGAAGGGUACCCAACUGUCCGGUUCCGAUUUGAUUUAUAUAUAUAUGUUAUAGAGUAGUCUAAAAUAACGGACACGUAUUUUUUUUUAGCUGCCCAAACUCAACCUAUUGGGAGAAAUUGUCCUCCAAAGUACUAACAAGUUACUAAAUCUUUUAACUCCUAUAGAAAGUGAUGCUCAAGCAACUUGCUAGUUAAUGGCUGGUUUGAGUAUAUGUUUAAAAGCAGCAAAAAAUAAUGAGUACAUGUUUUGUAUCGGCUAAAACUCACUUUUUCCUAAAAAAAUCGACAUUCGAAGUUUUAUAAUAUCUUAUCGCUAAAGUUACACAUAAAGACGGGUGUUUUUUUAGGAAAACUUGAGUUUAAGCAGAUAUAACAAAACACGUGUACAUUAUUUUUUCCUGUUCUCAAACAGUAUAUGUAUGCUUGAGCAUCACUUUCUAUAGGAGAAGAUUUAGUAACUUGUUAGUACUUUGGAGGACAAUUUCUCCCAAUAGGUUGAGUUUGGGCAGCUAAAAAAAAAUACGUGUCCGUUAUUUUAGACUACUCUAUAACAUAUAUAAAUAUAAAUCAAAUCGGAACCGGACAGUUGGGUACCUUUCCUUGUAAGCCUACACAACCAGUAAAUGUUAAUGAAUCGUUCACCUUCAUAUUUAAGUUAGUACAAUCACGCCGUUUUUCUGUUAUUUAACUUUUUGCUAAGGACAAAUUUGACUAUCUAAAAUCAUGGACACCCGUUGUACGCUUAAUUAACAAAGAUAAAACUUCUUUAACCUAAAAAUGUCACACUUGAGUGUGAUGCGAUUUUUCAAAAGUAACCAGACUCCGAUGACAUUAAAUCUGUCAUAAAUGAAAAAAAAUUAAAAAAAAAUUUGAAAUGUAAAAAAUAAAUUAACGUUAAUCUCACAAAUACGAAACAGUUGCUUAUAACUUACUGAACAGGCAGGCUUGAUCCUGCUCACGUCUCCUGAAUCAGCCUGUAUUCAUUUGGCGAAAAAAAUACGCGAAAUAUUGGUGCUAUAAGUCACUUACAUAAAAUGUACUACAUUUAGAUAUAGGUAGUUUUGUAUUUAAACUAUGGAUAAGCAGCUCCGUCCGGCUAGAAAUUCUAGGUUAUUCCCUCUAGUUACUGCGAAGUUGUUACCAGUGAUAACUAGUGGGUAAAAUUUCUCAGUUGUUCCCAGUGGUAGUGUGAGAAAAAAAUUCCUUGUUGUUACCACAAGUAACAACUUGGCGGUAACUAGUGGAAAUAACCCGUAAAUUUAGAUUUAAAGAGCAAUAUUUAUUAUUUAUAAUAAAAUUAUAAAAUAAGAAUGGCUUCAGUUCAGACACUAAUCUUUGAGUCCAUCCAAGCUAUGUCUACACUGACUUUGAGAUGACGAAGUGUGGAAGUGCCUGUAUAAAUGUAAUAUUUUUAUAGGAAACUGACGUUUAUUGUUGCACCGCCACACUCUGUCACUACAAAGCCUGUGCAGAGUAAGGUUUGUCUGCUCAUAUUGACAUUAUGUAAAUUACUUUCAAGUUUCAACUUCCAUGCCCAACAUAUUUUAACAAAGUAGUAAAUAAAGAAAAGUCAGUAUCUGAAAGUCAUAAAUCGUUUGGUUAAUAUUGAAAAUGAGAUUCCGCUUCUUCGCAUAUUUUGUACUAGUUAAAGCAGUAGGGACACUGACAUAUAUUUGCCAUAGACAAUAAACUACAGUAAAAGCAUACAGUUGAAAUUAUAUAAAAACAGCAAUACAUGCUUAAUCCAAAAUAAUAUAUCCUUUGGAAUUGUAAUAUUUAUUUAGGGAUAGAUACGUAGAUAGAUAAUCCGUAUUUCUGUUUGUUUGUUUAAUGAAUUCUUGCUUGUUUGUUUUAAAUUCGUUGUUUGACGCUUUGGCGCGAUAAAAAAUGAAAUAGAACGUUCUAUCCCUCCUGCUCUUAUAUUUUGACCGAAUCUGUUCUACAAGCAUCUCUCGGCUGUGCUAGUGAUAAGUUUUGACGGUUAACUUUCAAACGAUGCUUCUGCAUUAGCGAUUUUUAUGAAAAUAUAUUAUUACUGUGCUUCAGUCACCCCAUUACGCUAUCGCAUACGAAAUAAAAUAUAUGAUGGUUUUUAUAUGUUAUAGACAAGAAAAAGGCACAAACUGUUACGCGCAAAGUAGCACAAAAUAUUGUAGCCACGUUUCACCGCCAUAAUAUAUAGUGCUGUACAGCCCUGUUCGUUAUGCGGUAACAGUAAAGAGCGAACGUUUGACAAUCUGGUUAUCACAAAACUAAUAGUACCACUGCUUCUGUCAGUGGUUAUGACAUUUUGCACUAUUCUACGCGAAUUUUAAUAGAGGUCGAUUACAAUUUGGUGCCCUGACCAGGAUGUUUAAAAUGUCUAUGUUAUGUUUUUACUAGUUCAGUUCUCAGAUUAUUCCGAAUCAGAAUAUAUCCGAACCGCAGGUUCAAUGCCAACGACGGAUUUAUCCGUCAUAGACUACAGAGGAACAUAGAUCUACGUGCAUAUGCAUUUAAAGUUCAAUUUCAGUUUUCACAAUUCGGUAACGUGGCUUCUGAGCGACAGCGUUUGUGUUUGACACGGCAUCGAAAAGGUUAAGCCUGCCGAAUGCAGAAUUCGUUUUUUGUAGUUGUGAUGAAGUGACUGAAGUUCAGUUGUAAACUGUUAAUAGUACUUAAAGUCCGGUUUUUCCUACAGUUUGUUGAUAGUACUUAAAGUACGGUUUUUCCUAUUUGAGUGUACUUACUGGUAUCGACUUUGGGGCAACUUUACGUUUUUCAAUAUUGAAUAAAGUAAUUUCGGACAAAUUUCUUUGGGGAAUAUGCUACUUGGUCAAAAAACAAUUGAAUCGGGUACAAUUUUUCUUAUAAAGCGAUCCGUUGUUAAUGCUUUUGAGAGUAAAAUACGAAAAACAGGCGCUUUUACGUUAUUUUGAGUUAUUUAGAGCUAAUGCAACAACGAUAGAGACUUAUUUUUAUGCAAGAUGUAGCCUGUAAUAGGAGAAAUUAGUUAAAAUAUAAAAUAUAUUUAUGUGUGGGCACUUAUUUCGUUUGACCUAAUUUACCUCACUAAUUAAGUUAUUGACAGAACAAAAUAAUUAACAAAUAUUGAUAAGUGAAAAGUUACACACAAAAGUAAAGUUGUCACAUCGGUAACUAUUUAUUUUUUGGUACUCGUAUAUUUUAAGAGAAUGUACAACGCUAGUGUUAUUUGCGUCGUUAAAUUUAUUUUUUUAAAUAUUGUUAAUUUUAGAUACAUUGUGAUUGUGAUACUUAGCUAAUAUAUUGUUUGUACUUAUGUAAUAAAUAUUUUACAUUACA